CUAGAAGGUUAUUUGAAAGUGAUCUUUAUAAUGAAUGUGCUCCAUGGAAGGACACAUUGAAGCAAUUAAAGGUAACCGUUCCUUUCAUAGACAUGGUAUUGAAGAUCCCUAAAUAUACAAAGUUCUUGAAGGAAAUUUUGUCGGGAAAGAGGAAAAUGGAGGAGGUAGCUAUGGUAUCCGUUAGUGAAGUUGCUUCAGCAUCCAUUGGGUAUGGAGGAUUCCCUCCCAAGUUAAGAUAUCCGGUAAUCUUCACUAUUCCAUGCACUUUUGUAGAUAAAAUAUUUUGGAACCCGUUGGCCGACUUGGGGUCUAGCAUCAACAUCAUGCCUACACGGAUAUACAAUGAUUUGAACCUUGGACCACUCACUCCUACUAAAAUGCGGAUUGAGUUGGCCAAUAGGUCUGUUGUCAAGCCAAGAGGAAUCAUAGAGAAUAUCUUGGUAAAGUGUGCUCAUUUUGUCUAUCCAGUGGACUUCGUGGUUCUAGACACGGAGGGGUAUGAAGCAUCGAUUAUUCUAGGCCGACCAUUUCUAGCUAUGGCACGGAAUAUCAUUGAUGUAAGUGGAAUCAAGAUCACAUUAAGGUUUGGUGAAGGGGAGAUAAGCUACAAGAUUACUCUAAUCCCAAAUUUCCACAAGUAUUACAAAUGGGACGAUGUCAAGAAGGAUUGUGAGCCGGUUACACCUCCUACCACACCGCCUUCAAGUCCCAAGAUUGAAUGGUUCAAUAUGGUCUCCCAUGUUGACCCCCAUGAUUAUCAAUUUGAAAGAGGGAAUGAUUUUUGCAAAAAUAUGAAGAAAUCGGGCAAAGAGAAAUCUUCUUGCAAAAUGCAAACCCAAGAGUUGUUCAAGGUUUCUCAUCUCUUCGGUGAUCAUGGAAGAAAGCUCUGAAGGUUUAUCUUUGAAAAGAGACAUCCUAAGAAAGGAAACCAAUUUGUUAAAGGCGAUUUAGCUCCUAUUCUUAAAAAUGAAGAGUUCGGGGAAUGCUACAAGCCAUUCACGGAUAAUGACAUUUCUAUCAAGGAGCCUCACCCUCACCAUCUUGCAAAUCAAAGGGAUCCUUUCUAUUUCAAGCACUGGACGAGGCAUCCGAGAGACUCCAUGGUCUUCACCUUGGACUCCUGACUCACUUCUACUGUCACUCUAGGAAUUGGCCAAGUGAAACCACUCCUUAAAGUGUAGUAUAGCGGGUUUGGGUUUAAAUGUCAACCCGGGUCCUAGAUUUGAUGACUACUCGGUGAAUUCUUGUUAUCUAGCAAUGUAACUUUAAUGCAAGUCUAAACUAACAAACAAACAAAGCAACUAAACGGUUGUAUUCAGGUUAAGAGAGGUCACCCGGAUAUGGUUCCCCCUAGACUGCAGUUAAGUCGGAUUGCAAUUACCAAGUUCAGUUUCUAUGAUAGUUAUACUGCGGAAGGUUCUUAAACAGCCCGAAGUCUCGACUAAAGGUCUUCAGACCCUCUCAAUCUGAGUCUCUAGCGGGCGACUAACCUCCACCGGAGUAAACAGAUUGAGGCCUUAACGAACAAAACCUCCACUACCGAAGUGAAUUCGGUACAGAAUAGUGAGUGGCUCCUCGACUAAAGUCACCAACUCCCUACCUUCAAUCAAGGAUGCUCUAUCAACCUAGGCAGAUAUUCUCAUUCUAGGUUAAAGCAGAAACAACAGGAAUUUGAUCAGGAUUCAUGCCAUUCAAUCAUUCAAACCUCAAUUGAAUAUAAUCAAAUCAUAGAAUCAGUACUUGGGUUCAUACAAUCAAACCUAACAUACAAAUCUAGGGUUCUCCAUACCCAGAUGAAUGGGAGAACUACUCCAUGGAGAAAGAAGCAAAAGCAGAAUCAGACGCGGAAUUCAUACUGUGAAGGAUGGAUUCCUGCUCCUGGACGUUGAUCGGCACUUCUCCAAGCUCAAGCCAAGCUCCAAUGGUGAUGAAGAUCAAGCUAGGGCACUUGGAGACUCUUGUUCGCCGCUUUCUCUCUCUAGGAAUCGCUCUGUCUCUCUAAAAUCGAAUCCCCUUGAUCUUUGGCCUUCUUUUCCUUUAAAACAGCUGCCUGUCGCGAUAUCCGGUCGAAAUACCCGGUCGGGUAUUUUGAGUCUCGACCGGGUAUUAUUAAAACGCGCGUUUCGUGCCAGGGGAAAAUCCCCGGUCUGCUCCAAUAAUCCCCGACCGGGGAUUUAAGCUUCACGCCCUGGCCCCCCUCUGUUUCUCACAGGUGCCAAAAUAAUAAAUACCCGGUCGAGUAUUUGAGCCCCCGACCUGGUAUUUUCCUCCUGCAGCACACUUCAACCCAACUUCGCUCCUUGCGACCCCAAAACUCGUUUCCUCGCCUCGAUUCCAACGCCGGGUCCUGAAAUAUGACAUAAACACACAACCUCGUGUGAAAUCGGCUUAAACACGAGAGUCAACCUCUCAAACGGCUCAAGAAUAGGGGUAAAAAUAUGUGUAAUUAUUGGUCUAUCAACUCCACCACAAGUAUGACUUCUACGAAUGGUCAUCGGUGAAGAAUGGAGGACUCUCCAUUUGAUCUUAAGGAGUCAAGUCCGGCGAAAAGACUUUUAAAUAUGCGUUUGUUGAGAGGCAACCCAACACUUUGGUUUGCAUAUAUUUUCCCUUUCAUUUUCUUUUUAAUUAAAUAGAAGCUUAGUU